AUGUGCUGGGUGAUUCUGCACCUGCUGAUGCUGAUGACACUCAGCCAUCGGUCUAGUGCUGAAAAUGACCCAGAGGUUCCAGUUCUGUGUCCAAAACACCAGACAGCCUUCAGAGGUUCUUGCUUUGAGUUUGUGAAUCUCCAGCGCUCUUUUUUCAGUGCCCAAUCUUGGUGUGAGGAGAGUGGAGGACACCUGGCAUUUAUCCUUGAUGAAGACACUCAGGAUUUCCUUCAGAGACACUUGGACUCUGAGAAGGACAUGUGGCUCGGAGUGGCACUGUCUACCUUCACUACCCAGCAACAUUCUGUCACUGAUGAAGGUCCCCUCUCUUGGCUGGAUGGUUCACCUAUCACCUAUUCAAAGUGGGUGAGCAACCCACAGCAGGGCGCAGCUUGUGGACACAUACAGAGAAACUCAGGCUUUCAGUGGGAGGCCACAAGAGACUGCAACAAAAAACUGCAUUUCAUCUGCCAGUUUGAGUCUGGGAGGUCUGUUGUGUGUGCGGGUCGCAGCACCACCCUGCAGUGCGGUUCUGGUCAAGUGUUAAUGAUAGACGGCGGCUUCUACGGACGCAACAACAUUCAUUACUGUCGGUCCAGGUUCUCCCCAACAACAAUCGCAGAACAGGAGUGCGGCUGGGUGGAUGUUGUAGAAUCAGUUACAGCUCGCUGCCAAGGCCGACAGAUCUGCCAGAUUGCUGAAGUUAUAAAUUCCUUUGAUGAAGUGUGUCCUCAGCUGAAGAGCUACCUGUCUGUGGACUACCACUGCAAAGAUGGUAGGUCACGACGGACACCAAAAGAAUUGCACAUGCAACCUAUAACUAUUCCCAACUCUAUUUGCUCAGCAUUUUCUCUCCCUGCACUACCAUCAGAAAUGUUUGUUUCAGAAGAACCAGUGGAUGUGCGAAUGCUGAGUUUAGAGAAAAUUCCAUUUCCUUUAAAUGAAGGAGGAAACGUCAGUGGCGUAGUUGGUGAUCUUUCACUCACAACACAAAAUGGGUCCGGUAUCCCUGUGGAGAACUUAAGUGAAGAUAUUGAGAUUUUUCUGCCAAGGCCUGCAGGAGAGCAGGUGAACACUUCUGUUCUGUACUUGGGAAACUACAGCACAACAGUCAUAGACGUCCCUUCAGGGAACACCACUCUGGUGUUGAAGAUGGUACCGUCAAUAGAGCCUUUGCCUUUCAAAGUGUUUCUUGGUUAUAUGGAGUACCCCACUGAGGCGAACCAUGUAGCGAUGACGCAAAUGCCCCAGGAGGGAACUACAAAAGAGGAGAGGUACACGUGGCUACUCAGCCCUGAGAGUUUAAAGGGAAACAAUGGAACACACUAUCUUGUGGUGAGGCCAAUUGUGGGUCCAGGUAUUAAAUCCAUCAAUGCCAGUUUAUCGAUUACCCCCAUCACAGCCUCGUGUAAAUACUGGAAUGACUCACUCUCCGAGUGGUACGAUCACGGAUGCAGAGUUGGGGUCAACACCACACAUUUAGCCACCCAGUGCCUCUGCAACCACCUCACCUUCUUUGGGAGCUCCUUCUUCGUCACUCCCAACCUCGUCGACCCAUCACGCACUGCUGAGCUCUUUGCAACCUUUGCUGAGAAUCCUGUGGUUGUGUGCUUCGUGGGGGCGCUCUUUGUGACUUAUCUCUUGGUGGUUGUGUGGGCACGACGAAAAGACAUCCAAGACACAGCCAAGGUGAAGGUAACAGUGCUGGCCGACAAUGACCCCAUGGACGAGUACCGCUACCUGCUGAGUGUCUGCACUGGGCAUCGCAUUGGAGCUUCCACUUCCUCUCAGGUAACGGUGACUCUGCUGGGUGCAGAGGGAAACAGUGAGCCCCACCACCUGACAGAUCCAAAGAAACCUGUGUUUGAAAGAGGUGGGGUGGACAUGUUCCUAAUAACUACACCUUACUCCUUGGGAGACCUGCAGGGCCUCAGACUGUGGCACAACAACUCAGGGAGCCAUCCUUCCUGGUAUGUGGGAAAUGUCAUCGUGCAGGAUUUCCAGACGGAACAGAAAUGGCAUUUUCUUUGCAAUUCGUGGUUGGCGAUAGACAUGGAGGAUUGUUGCCUCGAUAAAGUUUUCCCUGCUUCAACAGAGGAGGACCUAAAGAGGUUCAGUAAUUUGUUCUUCUUGAAGACAACAAAGGAUUUCAGUGAUGGACACCUCUGGUUCUCUGUGGUUAAUCGACCAGUAAGCAGCACCUUCACUUGUGUACAGAGGGUGUCCUGCUGCUUCUCCUUGCUGCUCUGUACUAUGCUGACCAGCAUCAUGUUUUAUGGGAUCCCAACAGACCCAUCGGAGCAGACUAUGGACCUUGGUCACUUUGAGUUUACCUGGCAGCAGUUCAUGAUUGGAGUUCAGAGUUCCCUCAUUAUGUUUCCAGUGAACAUCCUCAUAGUUAGUAUCUUCAGAAACACUCGUCCUAGGGAGAUGUCCUGUUGCCGCCGCAAAACAAAGAAGCCAGAUGCCCUUGAGCAGGACAGCAGUAGCCAGACGAUAUCCACACACGCAGCUACCCCCAACAUGAAUGCCAAUGACACUUUAGACACCAUCAUUAAGGAUAUCACAAGGAUUGCCCAUACCCUCUCUAACAAUGUAAAAAGCAACAUCCCAUGCACAGAGUCCGACUUCAAGCCUGGACAACAAAUUGAUAUCAGUGCUAUCCUUUCUGUGAUGGAAGACUUCAUCAAACAGAAUUACAAAAGCAGUAAGAACGUCCAGGCAAAGACACAGCCUCAGCUACCAGGUGUGUUCUGCUGUGGACAGCUCAGUCCAGCAGACAUCUCUGAUGAUGAUGGCAGUCAGAAAAAAAGGGUUUACUGUCAGGGAAUGCUGCCCUGGUGGUUUAUUUUUGUUGGCUGGCUGCUAGUGAUCGGCACCAGCGUUGUGUCAGGAUAUUUUACGAUGCUUUAUGGGUUGAAUUUCGGGAAGGAACGCUCCAUUAGCUGGCUGGUUUCCAUGAUUGUCUCCUUUUUUCAGAGUCUCCUCCUCAUUCAGCCAUUGAAGGUGCUGUGCAUUGCCAUCUUCUUUGCACUUGUAAUAAAAAAAGUUGAUGAGGAAGAUUUUCAAAAUGUGGCAUUUGACCAACAGAUGACCAGACGGGAUGCUGGUCUGUAUGUACCACCCCCUCCUGCAGACAUUGAGAAGAUGAGGAGGAACAAGAUUUUAGAAAAGAAAGCUUUUGCUCUCCUCAGGGAGAUUCUGAUCUACAUGGGGUUCCUGUGGAUGUUGCUGCUGGUGGCAUACGGCCAGAGAGAUUCCAACGCUUUCCUCCUGAACAAGCACAUUCGGAAAAGCUUCAGUGCAGGGAUCUCAAGCAGCAUGAGUGUCGGGGACGUGUUCGCAUGGGCAAACAAAUCUCUGCUCAGGAACCUUUAUGGAGUUUAUCCAGGUUUUAUCACAGAUGGGAACUCCAAGCUGGUGGGUAACGCACGUCUCCGUCAGUUGCGAGUGCAGAAGAGCUCAUGUCAGAUUGCUGACUCCAUGCUGAAGCUUGUACCAGACUGUCAUGCUCCAUAUUCAUGGGAGGUGGAGGACAUGGGCUCCUAUGAACUUGGCUGGAAUCACUCUGUAAGUGAUAAUAUGUCCACAAGCACCUCCAGUCCAUGGAAGUACCAGACACAGGCGCAGCUCAGGUCUUCCUCUUUCUGGGGGGAGACGGUGAUCUACAGGGGAGGAGGCUUUUCCGUGGAGCUCGGUCCAGAUUUGCAAAACGCCAGCAGCACCCUUAAGUACCUGUUGAGGAAUAAGUGGCUGGAUAUGUACACAAGGGCCGUCUUUGUCGAAUUCACCGUUUAUAAUGCAAAUGUCAACCUCUUCUGUAUUGUCACACUCUUACUGGAGACCACAGCUGUCGGAGCAUUUCAGUUCCAAAGUCAGCUACAGAGUGUUCGUCUCUACCAGUCGACUGGUGGUCUUUACAUCUUCGUUAUGGUUGCUGAGAUCAUUUAUUUGCUUUUCAUCCUCUAUUACAUGUUCCUGCAGGGCAAAUUAAUGAAGCAGCAGCGGUGCGCUUACUUCAAGAACAAGUGGAAUCUUCUGGAGCUGACUAUCAUCCUACUGAGCUGGAGUGCUUUGGCUGUCUUCAUCAUGAGGAACGUGUUCGGGGACCGUGAUAUAACCUACUACCAAAACCAUAAAGACCAGUUUGUCAGUUUCCAUGAGACAGCCACCGUGGACUCACUGCUUCAGUAUCUGAUCGCCUUCCUGGUACUGCUCGCCACUGUCAAAAUGUGGCAUCUGCUCAGACUGAACCCCAAGAUGAACAUGAUCACAGCUGCACUGCAGCGAGCCUGGAGUGACAUAUCUGAUUUUCUUGUGGUCAUUGUGAUCAUGCUGGCGGCGUAUUCCAUAGCAUGCAACGUGAUCUAUGGCUGGGAGAUAUCAUCUUAUAAAACUCUAGUGGAUGCUGUUCUGAGCAUCAUCGGUUUGCAGAUCGGCAUUUUCAACUACAGUGAGGUCUUGAACCACUCGCCUGUGCUCGGUGGAUUCGUCAUCGGUUCCUGUAUUGUGUUCAUGUCGUUUGUGGUGCUCAAUCUCCUCGUUUCAGUGAUCCUUGUUGCAUUCAACCAGGAGCAAAUAUAUCACAAGCCCUCGGAGGAGGAGGAGAGUGUCGACCUGUUGCUGAAGAAAAUCUGCAGUCUUUUUGGGAUCAGAUAUAAAGACAAAAACGACACGCCGGGGCCUGAUGUGAAUGACAGCAGUGGGUCGACCCUUAACAACAGCAGAAAUAUUCACAACACUCCCUCAGUUGACGUCAACAUUUUUCAGACAUCCGACAACUAAGUAAACCCAGAGGGACACAGUUUCAUUUAGUUCUGCUUCAUAGCUUCACAUUUGAUUGUUUUUGCAUGCAAUAUUAGCCAUGAUCAUUUGUUCAUGCUUCUUUUAUUUUUCUAUAAUUGUUUGCUGCUUGGAGAUGAGAGCAUGCUGUGCUGCACGGUGAAUAUAUUGUGAUAGAUAAUUAUCACCUACAGGAUUACUCUGUUGUUUGUUGGAGGAUGUUCAUUUAGACUUUAAUUACAAAUCCAAUAUUUUGGUCCACACUGCAGUUGCAUACUUCAGUAUAGAAUUUGAAUCAGUUAACAAAGAUAUAAUUGCUAUUUAAUUAAUUAGUCAACAUUUAAAUAAUUGAGAGUGAAUAUAAACUCAUGAAACCACUGAGAAAAAUUAAGGAGUUUUUUUUUUUUUUUUUACAA